GAGGCUGUGAGAUGGGAGAAUCAAUCUAUUGUUCAGAAAGUGGUUGUUCAGUACCUUGGAUUUCUGAGUGGGCAAGGCUGGACCCUGAGCCCUGGGACCUCUGAAGUGAACACUGCAGGGCCAUUUGGUGAGUGCUCCGGCCGUGUUAAUACGACGUGCUAUGGAGCCCUUGGGAGGGCACUCACUGGGCUUGCAGUGGAGGUGGGUGGUGGCUACAGAUGGCUUCCUGGAAGAUGGCUCAGAGGGGGGCUCCGAUUCCCAGUUGGGAACUGUGGACCCAUCGUUUCCUUCCUCCUGCCACUCUGAAGUCCCCAGGAUUUCCCCCAACCCCAUCCCAAGGACAGACUACACAGCAUCAGAAGGGACACGCCCUAGGGCUUGGGUGCAUGUGUGUCUGUAACUGUUUGCAUGUAUUUUCAGCGUUUGCUUCCUCCCCUCACCACUACCCCUGUCGGUUAAAAGUCUGUUAAAAGAAUGAGCGAGAGAGAGAGAGAGAGAGAGAGAGAGAGAGGAGCGGAGGGGCGGGGUGGGGGAGGAGGGGAGUGGGGAGAGAGAGAGUGAGAGAGAAACACCAAAAAGACACUUUCAAGGAAGGAAGAAAAUUAGAUGGCGACCCCCUGUCCCCUCCCCAUAAGAAAAUCCUCUCUGAGAUUAAACUGUGUGAAGAUUAGAGGUGUGUAAAUCAGGAGCAGGAGGAAGCCCAAUGCUGGACUGUACCAGAUCAUCUGAAACUGGCAAUUCCAGGCACAGAAAACCAGUUCUUCAGAAGCAGAAGGGUGGUCAGCCAGGGGGUGAAAGGGACAGGGGUCUCGUAGCCAGGUGUGACAGUGCCCUUCCUAGUCCCUUCCAGGAUGGGGUGGGACACACCCAGUCCAUCCUGACUCUGGAGUACGUCUCCACUUUCAUGCAGAAAACGGUACAAGGCCUGAGGCCUGGAGCUCGUUAUAAAUCAUGCUGGUGGCAUUUCUUGCUUUGUUUCCCAAAGGGUAGAGCCUCAUCUCCCCUUCUACUUAGGAGAUGGAGGGGGUCUGUCCACACAGGCAGCUGUCCUUGUCUGACUCCUCUGCUUUCUGAAGGGGAGACAGUGUCCCCCUUAAAGGACACUGGAUCUCUUGUUGGAGGGGCAACCAGUUUUGAACUCUUUGCCUCUUUAAAUCUUUUAGAAACUUGGAUGAGACAAACUUUUUAUCCUGAAUUUUCUGAAGCAUAUCUGAAGUCAUUUUUCUUUAUUAUUGUUAUUAUUUAGGCUGAAGUCUUACUCUGUUGCCCAGGCUGGAGUGCAGUGGUAUGAUCUCGGCUCACUACAACCUCUGCCUACUGGGUUCAAGCAAUUAUCCUGCCUCAGCCUCUCGAGUAGCUGGGGUUACAGGCAUGAGCUACUGUGCCCAGCUAAUUUUUGUAUUUUUAGUAGAGACGGGGUUUCACCAUGUUGGUCAGGCUGGUCUCGAACUCCUGACCUCAAGUGAUCCGCCCUCCUCGGCCUCCCAAAGUUUUGGGAUUAUAGGCGUGAGCCACAGCACUCGGCCUAUUGUUAUUGUUAUUAUUAUUAUUAUUUUAGAGACUGGGUCUCGCUAUGUGGCUCAGGCUGGUCUUGGACUCCUGGGCUCAAACAAUUCGCCUGCAUCAGCCUCCCAAAGUGUGGGGAUUGUAGGCGUGAGCCACUGCGCCCGGCCCAUGAAGUCAUUUUUCAUCUCUGGAUAAAACUGGAACAUCAAAGUGGUGUUGUGGGGUGGCACACUCUUAUUAAUCUCCUGCUGCACUCUCCCUGCCGCACACCCUGGAGUUGCUUUCAGUAAACUCUUCGGUAAGAUGCAAUCAGCAUACAUGGAGGAACAGUGUAAGGAACCACCUCACAGACUUGUGGCUGGCUGAGUGGAGUCUAAACAUGGUGUUUCACUUCAGCCGUGUUGUCUUCUCUAUAGGAAUCCAGGGGGCAAAGCUUCUCUUUAAUCUCCGCACUGGGGAGCCAGGAAGACCUCAUGAUUCUGAGCUAUGUGUUUAUGCUCCUCCCGCGGGCAAUGAGUUUUCUGUGUGGUGGUAUUUCCCGCUUCAUACCAGUUGCUGAAGAGCAUAGAAUCACGUGGCAUACAUUCUCUGUAAUUAACUUCACCCCCAGUUUUAGUGUCAUUUUUGUCUUCACUUCUCUUGGCCUCAUUUUCAAAUUUCUUGUUUUUAAUUGUUUCAUUUUGCUAAGGUGUAAGUAUUUUUGCAAGAUGCUCUAAAUCCUUUGAUGAACAAAACCAGAAGUAAAUAAAGAAAAUAUCCACAAGCUUAUGUUCUGCUCAGCUGAUAACAUCACCAUGGUGAUCUGGCUUUCCACAGAGGAUUUUCCCUUUCUUUCCUUUCUUUCUUUCCUUUCUUUCCUUUCUUUCUUUCCUUUUUUUCUUUCUUUCUUUCCUUCCUUCCUUCCUUCCUUCCUUCCUUCCUUCCUUCCUUCCUUCUUUCCUUCCUUCCUUCCUUCCUUCCUUCCUUCCUUCCUUCCUUCCUUCCUCCCCUUCCCUCCCCUCCCCUCCCCUUCCCUUCCCUUCCCUCCCCUCCCCUUCCCUUCCCUUCCCUUCCUUUUCCUUCCUUUCCCUCCUUCUGUCUGUCCCUCUCUCUCUCUCUUUUUUGAGACAGGGUCUUGCUGUGUCCCCAGGCUGGAGUAUGGUGGUGAAUCACAGCUCACUGCAACCUCAGCCUCAUGGGUUCAAGCGAUCCUCCUGCCUCAGACUCCUGAGUAGCUAGGACUACAGGUGUGGUUGCCCAGCUAAUUUUUGUAGAGAUGGGAUCUCACUAUGUUGCCCAGGCUGGUCUCGAACUCCUAGGUUCAAGCAAUGCUCCCCACUCGGCCUCCCAAAGUGCUGGCAUUACAGGUGUGAGCCACCACCACUGCACCUGGCCUCCCACAGAGGAUUUUCUAGGAGAUAAUGUGCUCUUCAGAAGGCUCGAGGAUCUCAGCUGGCAGAUUGAGUUCUUACUGUGCAUUAACAAAUUGACACUUGGGUUCAUUUGAAAGUCUUGUGAACUUGGUAAUUGGGUGUCUAUUGAUAAGAAUGCUCACCCUGUACCAUUGAUUCCCUCUACAACUAUGCUGCAAGCACAGUCAUCUGCUUUCACUUCUUUGAACAUGCCAACCUCUUUCCCACCUCAGGGCCUUUGCAUGUACUAUUUGCCUCUACAUGGAAUGUUCUUUCCUCCUUCUCAUUCAUUAGAGUGGCAGCAGUAUUAGAAUAAUCAGAGGGGUUUAAAACAAUAUUGAUGUCCGGUCCCAACCCAGCUCAAUUAAACUCAAAUCUUUGAGUGUGGGGCCGAUGCACUGAUAAAAUAAAAGGCAUGGAGUUGACUUUAUCCUUACGGUUGGCAGGUAUUUUGACCAAGCUAUCACCGUGAGCAGUAGCAUCAAUAGUUAUUCAGGGAUUUGGGGCACAGGGGGUUGUGACCACAUCACAAAAGUUCAAUUUGUUGGGUUAGGCGUUUAGCCAUAACCUAAGUAGUUGCAGAUGGUCUCUACACCUGGAUUGCCCAUUAGGACAAAACAAGUAAACUUGUGUUUUUAGGCAAAUAAUGAAACUCUGAGGAGUCUGAAAAAACAACUCAUCGCCAGAUACCUCCCAGCCCAGGUGCUCGCCCAUACAGGGGUGAACGCAUGGCGGGGGCUGCUUGAACUCUCACUAAGCCUGCGUCUGUUCUUUGCAAAAUAUUAUUUGAUAGUUUUUAAUGCAGCAAAGCAAAGCAGACAAUCCACCUCCUGUUUUCCCCAAGCUGAUGGGGGGAAGGUUCUAAGGUGUUGUUUCCUAAGCUUAAAUUAAACAAGAUUGGUCAGUGGCAUGGACUUUUUUUUUUUUUUUUUGGUAAUUUUACUUCCAUGAGGAAUCAUUUGGACUCUUCAGUCUUCCUUUCUUCAGUUUUAUGUAGGGCUUUGCUGGAGGAAAAUGGGGCUAACGGGGAGAGAAACACAGUCUCGGAAUGGGGUGGGGGAUAAAUUAAACGCAAACCCAGCAGUGCAGCAAAGGCCUUAUUCUGCCUCUGAUCUGGGGAAGUUUCAUAUUCUAAUGGAGAGAAACGCACGUGCACACACACCCCCCUAAACCCACACAAAUGAAACCCCCUCUGCGGAGAAGCCGGCUACAGGAAAUUGACUUAGGCACAGGAACUUGCUAAUCUCUUUUGUCACAUUCGGAUUGCUCCUGCUGCCUCACACACACUCAACCCAACCAUCUUGGGGUGGACUCCCUGCCAGCCCAACUGUUGUAUUUUCAGUUCUCCCAGUGUGAAUCAGUUAAUAUUCUCGGGAACGAGGGAGAGGUUGAUCCUAGGAGGAAAUCAAUCACAGUGAAAAGGAUUGGGCCGCUUUUGUUUUCACCUCCUUUUGCUGAACAAAUUUGAUUUCCGGAGUCAGUCAUUUUACUGUCAAGAAAUUUCUUCGGCAUUCUGCAACAGGUGGCUAGAUCCAUCAGAAACUGAAGCCGUGGAGAACGUUCUCAGGGGCCUCUGCCACUUCUUGGAGUAGGAGCCGACAGCGAGCUGUUUGGAAACAUCUCCUUCACACACCAGUUGAAGACUAGGCUUUGGAGGUUUUCAAAGCAGACGGUGCUUGGAUGGGCAGGGAGAAGUAACAUUCUGCAAAUCGCCAUCAGAGGUCCUGAGGACACAGACCUAUCUGGCUUGCAUUCCCUUGCUGAAUGGCGUGUGCAGCAGCUGCCCACUGAGGGCUCUUUUCCCUGGGAUUCUGGACUUGCGAGUAGGACAGCAGGCUGGGAAGAUGCUGAGUUCCAUCAAGUGCGUGUUGGUGGGCGACUCUGCUGUGGGGAAAACCUCUCUGUUGGUGCGCUUCACCUCUGAGACCUUCCCGGAGGCCUACAAGCCCACAGUGUACGAGAACACGGGGGUGGAUGUCUUCAUGGAUGGCAUCCAGAUCAGCCUGGGCCUCUGGGACACAGCCGGCAAUGACGCCUUCAGAAGCAUCCGGCCCCUGUCCUACCAGCAGGCAGACGUGGUGCUGAUGUGCUACUCUGUGGCCAACCAUAACUCAUUCCUGAACUUGAAGAACAAGUGGAUUGGUGAAAUCAGGAGCAACUUGCCCUGUACCCCUGUGCUGGUGGUGGCCACCCAGACUGACCAGCGGGAGAUGGGGCCCCAUAGGGCCUCCUGCAUCAACGCCAUGGAAGGGAAGAAACUGGCCCAGGAUGUCAGAGCCAAGGGCUACCUGGAGUGCUCAGCCCUCAGCAACCGGGGAGUACAGCAGGUGUUUGAGUGCGCCGUCCGAACUGCGGUCAACCAGGCCAGGAGACGAAACAGAAGGAGGCUCUUCUCCAUCAAUGAGUGCAAGAUCUUCUAAACCCCAAGAGACUUCACACAACACUUAUGUAUGCGCCCCAAAGACUAAUGGGGAGAGGGAGGGCCGGGAAGCCAGGAAAGCUCGGUGUUUUCUCUGGGUACACCCCAAGCAGCGUCUCCUUUUGGAUACAGUUAUUGAUGAGGCUUGGCCACUGGAUGUUUUCACUAACUACACUCUACAAGUGAACUCCUUGCCCGGGCCAGUUAGAAAAUCCCCUGGGGAGCUGUAAUGAAUAUUCCAUCUUUGAUUAAAAAAGUGAAAUAGUCUCCAUAA